AAAAGCUCAAAAGCAGAAGUUCAGAGCGGUGGAGACCACUUGAAGCAAUAACAUCUAAUAAUUCCACAUUUAAGUCCAGCAGACUGAAUAUGUCUUAUUACAGGAAUAUGAACAUUCCUGGGACACAUGGGAUGGAUGAAGAUGAACAAGAGGAGAUGAAUAUCUAUGCUAAUGCAGAUGCUAGUGAUGAUGUCAGGACAGAAACGGAGAACUCAGACACCAAGAGACACCAAACACCUCAACACACAGGGAGCUUCAGAUCAGCUGUAGUGUGUUUGGUGCUGCUGUGUGUUCUUCUGCUGACUGCAGUCAUAGUGCUGUGUGUCCACAUCCAUACAAACAACACAAACUACACACAAGAGACAGACCAGCUACUAACCAAGAUCACCAACCUCACAGAGGAGAGAGAACAGCUACUAAGCACGAUCAAAGCUCUUAAAGGCCAGUUAGCAAUCAAGAACCAAGAUUUUACAGCUGAAAAGAAAGAAUUGUUAUCCAAAAAUGACAAUCUAAUGAAGCAAAAUGAACAAUUAAAUCAGGAGAAUAAUGACCUGCGGACACGUCUUGGUGAAAUGGAGAGAUGGAAGUGCCAUCAAUCCAGUCUUUACUAUUUUUCUUCUAAGGAGAAGAACUGGACUGAGAGCAGGAGAUACUGUACAGAGAGAGGAGCAGAUCUGAUCAUCAUAAACAACAUAGAGGAACAAGUAUUUGUUGGGAACUGGACUAAUAAUGGAGUCUGGAUUGGUCUGACUGACAGUGAUGUGGAGGGAACAUGGAAAUGGGUUGAUAACAGCACACUGACCUCUGACGAGAAAUCACUGAACCCAGUGGACAUGAAAGAGAAAACUGUGUUUUGUUUGAUGGAUCAGGGUGGCAUGACUAUCCAUGUGAUGAUUCUUAUCAUUCCAUCUCGGGUCCAAGAAGCAGAUAAUAGAAUUGAUGUGACUGAAACUACAUGCACGGCCAAUGAAACCAAGAUUCAACAUUUGGAAAAACGAGUACGAGAUCUGACCGAGCAGGUGGACGACUUGGAAAAUCGUGGAAGAAGAUGUAAUGUGCGCAUUAUCGGUUUACCGGAGAAUACAGAAGGAUCAAACCCUGUCAGGUUCUUUGAGAAAUGGAUACCGGAUUACCUUCAGGUGGACACGAAGGCGGGUAAAUUGAAGCUGGAAAGAGCCCACCGCUCCCUCGCUCCAAAGCCGGCUCAGGGCGGACGCCCUCGUCCUGUCAUCGUUCAAUUUCAUAACUUCCAGGACAAACAAAGAGUGAUGACAGCCGCCACGAAGCUCUUCACGCUCAACAGUAAGCUAACAUCGUCUUCAAGAGCUGCAGAUGGAAUAUGCAUUGCCAUAGACAUAUAUAAAGAGUAG